CUCCGCCUAGGACAAGCCAUAUCCUGUAAUGAGGUCUAUCUGACAAUCUGUAAGACGGUUAUUAGGAAAUGCAUUUAUCUGGAAGGAUGUUUUAGACUUUGUGAGAACAGACCGUGCUGGGCUGACAGCAGAUCACAGGACGGUACAAGCUAUAGGUUGAUUCAGUGGAACCUGCGGACUCUCAGGUGAUUGGCUGGGGGUGGAUGACAUCAUUGAAAGUCCGCUGCCUCAGCCGCGCGCUAAACUCCUGGAAAGAGAUCACAGCCGCUCUCGCAGAUGGGAGCCACAUCUGGCGGAUUGUUACCCUAGUCGAUCUAGAUAAAACCACUCGCUCGAGGUGUGUUUAGGUGAGCAGCCAGUCGCGAUGGUCAGAGUCUUAAUGAGCUUUUCACCGCUGGCGAGACCCGCGCGCGUCAAGAGCGAAUGAUGUGAAAAACAAAUUCGUCCCGCGCAACAUGAGGACAGCCCUUCUAAUAAUCUUGAGGAAAAACUUGACGAAGUGAAAGAGGAAGGGUGGAUUCUUUUUCUUUUUUUCCUUCUGGCUGACUGAGCAUUUUUAAAAUCAUGCAACAUGAAUGUAACUAACAGCACUGGAGCAGAGGGACUCGCGCCCUGGAACUUCAACGGCUCAUUGAGCAACGUGUCCAGUGAUGCCAACUUCAGUUGUGACGGCGGCAGCGCUAAUGGCUCGUGUGCAGCAGUUGAGGCGGACGGCGAGAGCCCGUACAAGACAGUGGAGAUGGUCUUUAUCGCACUGGUUACUGGAUCCCUCAGUUUUGUCACCGUUGUGGGCAACAUCCUCGUCAUGCUCUCAAUAAAGGUUAAUCGACACCUACAGACCGUCAACAACUACUUCCUUUUCAGCCUGGCCUGUGCAGAUCUCAUCAUCGGUGCGUUCUCCAUGAACCUUUACACCGUCUACAUCAUCAAGGGCUACUGGCCGCUCGGCCCAGUCGUGUGUGACCUGUGGCUCGCGCUGGAUUAUGUGGUCAGCAACGCUUCUGUCAUGAACCUGCUAAUCAUCAGCUUUGACCGAUAUUUCUGUGUGACCAAACCCUUAAGUUAUCCUACACGCAGAACCACCAAGAUGGCCGGCCUCAUGAUUGCCUCUGCCUGGAUCCUGUCUUUCAUCCUAUGGGCUCCCGCUAUCCUGUUCUGGCAGUUCAUCGUCGGAGAACGGACUGUAGAGCCUGGUGAAUGUUAUAUCCAGUUCCUUUCCAACCCCGCGGUCACGUUCGGCACGGCCAUUGCUGCGUUCUACCUGCCGGUGGUCAUCAUGACGGUGCUUUACGUGCACAUCUCUCUGGCCAGCCGCAGCCGUGUGUCCAAGCAAAAGCCCGAGGCUAAGAAAGAGAAAAAAGGCCAGAAGUCUAGCGGUCUGCUCAAGAGUCACAUCUUGAAGCAGAACAACAACAACCAGUCUCCUCCUAAGCCCAGCCUGGAUACCUGUUCUACAGUGGACACCAUGAAGAACGGCAAAGUAGACGAGUCUGUGGUAUCCGCUAAAGCUGACUCGUGCGUGCAGCCGGAAAAGGAGAGCUCAAACGACUCCAGCACGGCCAGCAUAGCGCCUAAAGAGCCCAAAGAGCGAGCGAACAGUGAGGUGACUUCAGACGCCGGUCUGACACCCGCGCCAACAACAGCCGCACCUAAAAUCAACCCUCAAUCCAAAUGGUCCAAGAUCAAGAUUGUCACCAAACAGGCAGGAGACGAGUGCAUCACAGCCAUCGAGAUCGUCCCACCGAACAGUACCGGCGAGAGGCGCUCCAUCCCUGUGAACCGUCCCCGCACGGUGGCGCGCAAGUUCGCCAGCAUCGCCCGCAGCCAGGUGAAGAGGAAAAGGCAGAUGGCGGCACGAGAGAAGAAAGUGACAAAAACAAUCUUCGCCAUCCUGCUGGCCUUCAUCAUCACGUGGACGCCAUACAACGUGAUGGUCUUAAUCAGCACAUUCUGCCAGUCGUGCGUUCCAGACACAGUCUGGGCCAUUGGCUACUGGCUCUGCUACGUCAACAGCACCAUUAACCCCGCUUGCUAUGCACUCUGUAACGCCACCUUCAAAAAGACCUUCAAAAACCUGCUCAUGUGCCAGUAUAAGAACAUCGGCACCAGAUGAACUGAGGAAAGAAGCAGCCUGCAGAGAUGGAGGGUAUGAAAUGGAGGGUACAAAAACUGUCCCAGCUCUUCUGGCCCUGAUAACUUUGAAGCUUUGGAAGGUACUGUGCAGUACAUUGUGAGGCUUCAUUGUCCCAUGAUGCUUAAACAGUGCGUUAUAACUAAAAGGUAAUGUAUUAAGUGAUGUAUUAAGUGAUAUCAGUGUUUACAAGAAGAUGAUGAAGCGAUGGACAAUAGACUGAAUCACUGAAGAAAUCAAGAUGAGGUCUUGAAACAAAAGGCUUUUUCAGUGAUCUGAUAGUUGCUGCACUGCUAAGACCACUGAACUCUGCACUACAGUAACAUGAAGAUCAGGCUGUGAAUGACUACAUUAGAGGAGCCAUUGAUGGCUCAUUAUUUCCAACAGUGAAAAGAGAGAAUCCCAGCAAAUAUAAACCAAAAGAGACUUGGUUAAUUAAGAGAUCUUAUUGAUUCAUUUAUAUUCCCAGUACAGCACAAAUGGUAUCAAUCAAGUCCUUUUGGUUAGUAUUAACGCUGUUUUUGACCCAUACUUCUGUGCACAUUUUCUGAAAACAUCACACAGAGGAUCACAGCUAAAGACAAUAACAUAUGGAAAAGCUUCCUGUUCGACUGUCCCUGAAAGCAUGGCGCUCCAGAGUGAGGUUCAAGUUCCUAUACCUGUACCUUCCAUUUUCCAAAUGAAGGAAGCCACAGACUGAAGCUGUUUGCUGACCACAACAGCUGUGUAGCCCAUUACAUUCAUAGUGACAAAUUCAGGGCAUGUGGUUCAGCCUGGGAGAAGUUAGUCAUCAUUAUCCUCUUAGUGUGAUCCUCUUGAGGUUCUGGUAUAGGUCAGAAUUCAAAAGGAUCUCCUCAAUGGAUUGGGAUAGGCAUUAUAGACUUUAAAUGGGAUGAGACACUCUAUACUGAGCUGAGAAAUGUCACUGUAAGGGUUUGAUCUUACAGAAGUCUGUAAAUAUGUUUAGUUAUGAUGAAUAUAUGCUCUUGAAAGUAUUAUUUCUUCCCUGCAUUUGAUGUCUGGAUGUUUGUGUUCCUCUUGUAUUUAGUUGGUGAUCUUCAUGUGAUUUUACAGAUUAAAUAUUAAAUGUAUCGUUGUCUGUAUGCAGAACUGUUGAAACCAUUUAUAAUUUGUGAUAUACUUGGAAAAAAAUAGGAGAUGACUAGUACAUUUAUUUAACCUGUUUAUAAGAUGUUCAAUUUCAAGCAUUUCAUUUAAAUGUGGGCACAAAGGACUGUCCGUAAAUUUGAGAAAUGGAAAUUUGCUUUUAUUUCCCCCUGUAAAACACGUUGAUUUAGCAGAUAUCCACUUCAUAUUAUUGUUUUCUCAUGGUGCAAUAUAGUUUUGCCUAGUUUGUAUUUAAAUACAAAGUUUGUAAUUGAUGAAACCGCAGGCAUGUAAACCUGAAGGAAUGAUCUCCCACUGGUUUGUGUUUGAGAACAUGUGGUCAGAAUUAACACAGAGGGAGAAUGUGUUGAUGUUUUAGGGCUCAUGUUGUUACAUUAUUAACCAGCUGUUUCAGCAAUUACAUACUUUAAAGCAUUAAACCAAAGAGAUUGUGGCACUUUGGUCUGUUUAUUAGGCCUGGUCUGGAAGAGAUUAUUCAUUCAUUAGCAUCAUUUUAAGAUGCAGAGACUUGCCUCUUUAAUGUCUUGGGUUUGGUUUCAUGUUUCUACCUCAUAAUCAAAUUUCCAUUCAUAGCGUUUGUAUCUCCAAACCAGCUCUGAAUCUCUUUUUAAUGGGCGGUAAAGACAAGCUAAAUGACUAUUAUGCCAUUGCAAAAGAAGCUAAAACCAGAUUUCCAUUUUUUUCCUGAAUGUUAAAUCUUUCCAAUUGCUUUGGUCUUCUGAUACAUGGACUGUUGAAGUAGGCUGUUCACUACAAAUCUUAGUUUUGCUUUUAUAAAAAGUGAUGCAAACUCUAAGAAAGUGUCACACUGGAAUAGAGUUCUCUCAGAGAGUUAUGAAACUAUAACUGUACUAAAAAAAAUUAAUCAUACAAUCUGAUCGGUUCUAAAUAUUGUCCUUCUGCAAAUCUGAAAAUAGCAAAGGUCUAUCAUUAGCAUCAAUACAGCAAAAAUGACUUUUGCCAAUAAUGAUCUUUUUCCUCUGAUCUUUUAAAUUUCCAUUUCAAAUGUUCCAGUGUAAAUUGUAUAAGGAUUGAAGAAAUCCCUCGUAAUACUGUACCAGCUGAAGGGCAAAGUCAAUAAUCAUUACCCCAGUGAAGCUGAUGGAAUGAACACUGUAAUUAUGGACUUAUCUACCACUGUCCUUAAAGAGCCAGUGUACAUAAGAGUGUAUGGUUCUUUUUCUAUUGCAUAAAGCUUAAUAAAGAUCUCAAGCGCACUGACCAGGAGAGGAGAAUGCUUGUUCUUUACAUGUUCAUGAACACACAUAUGGUUUGCAUAAAAUUUGGAGGGCUCAAGUGUCUUUAAUAAUGAACUGUCAUCACUCAUUUAGCUUUAGUUAACACUACAUUUAACACACAAAGCUCAGUAACAAAACUUCACUGUCUUUCUUAAAAUGCUUAUAAAAUGGGUUUGCACAAGAGGGGACGGUCUCCUCUCCAUGCAGUUUAAAUCUUAUAACCCUCUGUCACCCUUCGAUCUGUUAGUAACAGUCAAGUCAAAAGGAAAAAGUAACAGUAUUUUGGGGUAUUUUCACGUUUACAUAAACUACACCUUUUAUAGAAAAAGAAAAAUCAUUUAUUUCAAACAACACUCCUCAGUUUUAUAUUUUAUGAUACAAAAAAGAGAAGGGUGACUUAUCCAAACACUACUUAUAUACCCCACUAGUAAAUUACACAAUUUUACAAACCCAAAUUUGUAAGUAAAACAGUAAUAAAAUAGAUGUUUGAUUUAAGUCUACUGAUUGUUGUCCUUUAGCAAAUGAGAGGCCUGAGGCUUACACAGCUGAGAAAGCGAGAGCGAGAGAGAGAGAGAGAGA